GUUGAGCAAGCGAAUGGUAGGUGGAGCUAGAGAGAGAGAGAGAGGAGAGAGAGAGAGAGAGAGAGAGAGAGGGAGCGAGGAGGGAUGACAGGAGAUGUGGUCGUUGCCGCGGCAGCAGAGCGGGACAGAUCUGAGAGUAAAACACUCCUCCUGCUUCUUCUUCUUCUAUUUAUUAUAUUCCUCCGUCCUCCUGCAUCCGUCCGUCCUGUUUCCACCUGGAAAAAACCUGCCUCUGCCCUCCUCAUCACUCCUGUUCUUCCUCACCUUCAUCAUCAUCAUCACCUUCAUCAUCAUCAGCUGUGGACGGCCUUACAUGGACAUGGAGUUCGGCCUGCCUGACGCCUCCUCCUCGCUCUCCAGCACAGAAUGGUUGUCUCUCCACCACUGAUGCCCCACCGGCUUCUACGAGAGAGAGAAAGAGAGAGAGAGUGGAAACACAGAGACAGAUAAAAGAAAAUUAGAGAGGCCAAAACAGCGAGCAGGAACAGACGGAGAAGGAGAAAAAGAGAAUUGUGAGGCUGCACAUCCUUAAUCUCCACAGCGGGGAAACACUUAGAGGGAGGGAGGCCACACGGGCGAUUCUGUCUAUCUUGCAACUUCAGGAACCAUCAUCACAAUUUAAUAAGAAUUUGAAAGGCUGCGGCGCUGCAACAAAUCAGCCUUCAGAGGGGGAGAGGGAGGGCAAGAGAGCUGCAUACAGACAGAGAGAGAGAGAGAGAGAGAGAGAGAGAGAGAAUGCAGCGAGGCCAGACGCUUUAACGCCUUCCUACCUGGAUUUAUUUCUUUCUGCUUUUUGUUUUAAGUCCCAGCAGCAAUAAAACUGCGACGGCAAUAUCAGAGAAUAACUUUAUUAUUAUUUUACACAUAUUACUGCUGAGAUUCCAACAAAUAAUGGUUUUCUAUCAGGAGAGUCUGUGUUUUGAAGCGGAACAUCUUGUUAUUUAGAAGAACAGCACUGACAUCUGCCCGUAGGCAGGAGCUGUCUCACCUGCAGCCAGAAAGACAACCAUAUAAGGUUUAAAAUGGUCAGUUUACCCUGAGCAGCGUCUUGCAGGUCAGGAGAGCGACAGGAAGCUUCAUCCCGCCCAGCAGAAGGACAUCAGGAAAAAACUAGAAGACGGGUCACAGGGACGUCAGAUAGAUGGUCUUUCCCUCUCCUUUACAGCGUUUCUUUCAUGGCCUGACACCUAGCUGCCCUCUGACCCCUCCCUCCGCCCCUCCUCCCCCCUCAACAUGUCCGACCGCCUCCUCUCUCACUGCCUCGACAGCUCGAGGACAUCAGGUCAGGAAAAGAAGUGAGCAAGGAUUUAGUGAAGGCGCUUACGUCUGACGUGUGAACUCCGUCCUCCUCCGAGGACAGAAGUUGACUCUCUGCAGGUGGGACGUGCUGAUGCAAGAUGGCGGCAGGUGUGGCGACGUGGCUGCCAUUUGCACGGGCCGCGGCAGUGGGAUGGCUGCCGUUAGCCAAGAAGACGAUGCCCAAACCUCCUGUGGACAACUCGUCCAGAUCGGAUGAGAUCCUGUAUGUCAACGUCAGCGGGGUCAGGUUUCAGACAUGGAAGAACACUUUGGAUCGUUAUCCAGAGACGCUGCUGGGCUCCUCAGAGAAGGAGUUCUUCUUCAACGAGGACACACAAGAGUACUUCUUCGACCGAGACCCUGAAAUGUUCCGGCACAUUCUGAAUUUCUACCGCACCGGGAAGCUGCACUACCCGCGGCACGAGUGCGUCCAGGCCUUCGACGAGGAGCUGGCUUUCUACGGCAUCGUGCCAGAGAUCAUCGGAGACUGCUGCAUGGAGGAAUACCGAGACAGGAAAAAGGAGAACCAGGAGCGUCUGGCAGAGGACACGGAGGCCAAUGAGGCGAUGGACGCCCCCCUCCCUCCACACAGCACCUCCAGGGAGCGGCUGUGGCGAGCCUUCGAGAACCCGCACACAUCCACCAUGGCGCUGGUCUUCUACUACGUCACGGGCUUCUUCAUCGCCGUGUCCGUCAUCGCCAACGUGGUGGAGACGGUCCCCUGCCGGCCCCCCAAAGGCAGCGUUAAAGACCUUCCCUGCGGGGAGAAGUACCAGCUGGCCUUCUUCUGCAUGGACACGGCCUGCGUGCUCAUCUUCACCUUCGAGUACCUGAUGCGUCUGUUCGCCGCGCCCAGCCGCUGCAAGUUCAUGCGCUCUGUGAUGUCGGUGAUCGACGUGGUGGCCAUCAUGCCCUACUACAUCGGCCUGGUGAUGCCGGAGAACGAGGAUGUGAGCGGUGCCUUCGUCACCCUUCGGGUUUUCCGCGUCUUCCGGAUCUUCAAGUUCUCGCGUCACUCGCAGGGUUUGAGGAUUUUGGGCUACACGCUGAAGAGCUGCGCCUCUGAGCUCGGCUUCCUGCUCUUCUCCCUCACCAUGGCCAUCAUCAUCUUCGCCACCGUCAUGUUCUAUGCCGAGAAGGGCACCAAGGGCUCCACCUUCACCUCCAUCCCCGCCUCUUUCUGGUACACCAUCGUCACCAUGACCACGCUCGGGUACGGCGACAUGGUUCCCAACACCAUCGCAGGGAAGAUCUUCGGCUCCAUCUGCUCACUCAGCGGCGUGCUGGUGAUCGCCCUGCCGGUGCCUGUCAUCGUGUCCAACUUCAGCCGGAUCUACCACCAGAACCAGAGAGCGGACAAGAUGAGAGCGCAGCAGAAAGUGCGUUUGGCUCGGAUCCGUAUGGCGAAGAAAGGAACAGCCAACGCCUUCCUCCAGUACAAAGAAGACCAAUCAUUCGGGGAUCCGGACAGUGACAGCACGGCUCUUUGUGUGAAGAACAGAUCAGCGUUUGAGCAUCAACACAACCACCUGCUGCACUGCCUGGAGAAGACGACGAACCACGAGUUCACAAACGAGGUGAACUACAGCGAGCUGUGCAUGACGGAGUCGGUGGGCUACAGGACCAGUCGCAGCACCUCCCUGUCCAGCCAGCAGGGGGCGCAGAACAACUCUACCGGCUGCUGCCCCCGCCGGGCCAGGAGAAGAGCCGCCAUGCGACUGGCCAACUCCACGGUGUCCGUCAGCCGGGGGAGCGUCCAGGAGCUGGACACCCUGCACGUCAAAACCACCUGCAUCCCGCCUCAGACUCGUUCCAGUCUGAACGCCCAGACCGGUGACCUGAAGCUCAACUGUGGGGAACAAGAUUUCUCCGCUGCCAUCAUCAGCAUCCCCACGCCGCCCGCCAACACACCUGAUGAGAGCCUCCCCCCAUCGCCUGCCCCCAUUCCCGGUAUCCUGCGCAACACCCAGGCCACCACCUACACCCACGACACCUUCAAAAUCUCCUCCUUAUAACGUCUGACCGCGCCUGCAACUUCCCCCUCGACACCCGCCCCAGCAGCCACCCUCCCCGUAACCCUGAACUCCCUUUAAACCCUUGAACCUGAACCCAGGGCACUGCUAGCCGAGAAUUUGGGUGACAAAGACUUCUCAGGCUCUGAGGUCCGCUGUUUCCUUUCACUUCCUCACACCAUUUUGUGGAUUACAUGGGCUGAACCAAAUGGAGACACAAUGGCUUACUGUACGAAGGGGAGCAAAAAGUCUUAAGAAUCAGUCCCUCAUGCAUUAUAGACCCCCGACACGCCCUCCUGCACUGUUUUACCUUUUGGAUCUCGGAGCACAAACCCUGGAGGGUUCAUCCUGAACUGACGAUGGAAACGAUGUAAAGACAGAAAUGCAGCACCCCCACCCGAAGCGUUGGUUUCGUUGGGUCCAUUUGGCAUCCCCACUAAACAUAAUGCUUCAGUGGAGGGUUACAAAAUGUCUUAUUUUUCAGUCUAAACCUGGCACUGAAUGGUUUUAUUCUGAAAAGAGAUGUUGAAUGAAUCAGAGAGACUGCUGACCAUCGGAGGAUCAUUUAGACUCAGCUGGUUUGUUGUCAAACUCAUCUGUGAUUGGAAGAAGACGUGACAGAGACAAUCUGUUAACAACCAAACAACCUUCAGCAGCUUCACAAGCCAUGAUACAGUUUUUUGAUUGUUUUGGAAGUUGUGGGAAACAGGUGACGGCUAUCAGGCCCGUGGAGCUCAGACAUUUAUGGAUUGGUUUUUGUCUUGAUUCAAAUGCAUGCUGGUUUCUUUUCUUUGCAGCGACAGACUGGAAGUCUGACUGCAGAAAAAAUGCUGCUCAUUUCAGUGUCGUGUUGGACCUCUGCUGGUUGAAAGACUGUAGGUUUUAACCCCAACAAUGGGUCAACAUGUCUUCAAAUCUUAAGGAGUUCGGGAGUAUGUAUGGAAGAUCUCUUCCCCGGCUCUGAUUCAGCAGCUGAAGCCACUUCAGGACACUUUUUAAGAAAAGGAAGGGAACCAUGAGCGAGAACUUGUGAGCUUUUUUCAGAAUCCAGUUGCGAAACAUGUAAGAACGUGAAAAUCUUAAUAAUGAUCAAGAUGCUGCUGAAACACAUGAACUCAUCUGGGUUUAACUGAUCUAUGCUGAGCCUGAGUACUGUUAAUUAACUAACUACACUGAGCUGAUCUUACCUUCAAGGAACUGGGACAAACCGAGCUGGACUCACCUUACCUUUCUAAACGGGACUGUGGAGAGGAAAGGGUUAAAUGAGGGACUGGAUUCAUCAGGUCUGAUGUGGACUGGUCUGGCUGUAGCUCAGAAGUGUUUGUCGGACCAGGGACGAAAGCCUUUUACUUUUCAAAAUAUGCAACAUUACAACAAGCAGGAAAAUAGCAUCAACAAAUGAACAGAAUAAUAAUACCGAUAAUAAUGUGUUAUAAAACGUCAGUGAUUAUUGCAGGGAACAUAAUGUAAAGCAACUAAGAAUUUAAUUUGUUGUGUGAUCUUUUCAAUGAGAGCGAGAACACAAGUACAUCAGAUGAAAAUGGGAAAAGGGAAUGCAACGCCAAAAGCUUUUCAGCUUUAAAGUCACGUUUGUCCCCAUGACGUGCAAAAAAUGCUAAGAGAGACCGACUCAUGCAAUAAAAUCAAAAUGAUCAUAUUUAAUGUUAUGCACACAAAUUAUGUUAAAAGCCAUUACUUUCAUGUUAGUGUUUGCACAAAAUGGCCGUCACUUGUUAAAACGUUUCCAACAAAGUAGAACUAGCACAAACUGUUUCAAAUUUAAACGCAGACCACAUCGCCUAAGUUGACUUUGUUCCUGCUGCUUAUCAUAGGAUAUCAUAAAAAGAAAAGCAGGAAGUGCUGCUCUUCUCUCAGGCUCCACCCACACUCCUACGUCUUUGUUUAAACCUCAGACCUUCUGCUGCGUUUCCUCGCAUCCAGACUGAAACGUUGAAGUGUGAAAACGCUGCUCAGCCCGUUCUGGUUUUAAACUCGGGGGCGGCGUGUUCGUGCCGACGGGUGGAAACGAUGACGCUCACGUUUGGCUUCCUGAUUGGUUCUGAUCAGUCAGUCGGAGCAGAAACACGAUGCUGCUGACAGAGUUUUAUUCUUAGUAUUCUGUACUGUGUAAAUUACUCUUCUACACUUGUCCUCUGCGUGUCUCCGUAUUUACUUUGCGUCGACUCCCAGCCUGUUUCCCGCCGCCACCGUCUCUCUGUCCUCCCGUCUUCCUCUCGGUAACAGUUCCACCUCGCCGUCGCUCCGUGCAGAGGAAUCUCUGCUGUGGUUCUUCUCCAUCGCUGCUCUUCCUUCGUCUCCAGUAGAACUUUCUUCUUCAGCUGCAGAGCAGACAAUCUGCUUCCUGAUUACACCGGCACGCACACGCUCAGUGUACGUGAACGGUCACGUGAUGUUUACGUGUUCACGUGUCGUUUAAAUAAAAACAGAGAUCUGAUACGCAGCUAACACCCUGGUGAGCACGGAGGUCGUAGUGGUGUGGAUGUAGCCUCAGUCUACUUCUGAGAUGUGAAUCUCAACAGGGGACAAUGCAUUUCUGUUCCACCAUCACCCACACGUGACUUUAGCUGCAAGUAGUUUGGCGAAGCGUUUCCCUGACCAAUCAGAAGUGAGUGUGAGUGACUGACACACAGACGGGAGACAAGACGUACAUACUGUAACAUAUUUUGUAUCAUAGACUUUCACUGCAUCUUCCAGUCGAACCCUCAAACCAGAAAAAGACAAAAAAGAUAGAGAUGAAAGUGGUGGGGCGUUCCUCCGUGCAUGAGCCUCGUGCAGUAGAAGUAGCACUACUGAUCAUAGGAACUUAUCGUCAUAUCAGAGAAAAAAGCUAGAAACAAACACAACACAAAGGGGGAAAUCUCAUCUCAUCAUCUUUUUGCAUGACAACUCUUCCUUUCUUCUCUCCCGCCCGUCAUCGGUUAGUUUUCCUCAUCCUCCCCUGACCCAAACUUUUCAAGCCGAGUGUUUGCACCACGAGAAGCGUACGUUAGAAUACCCAGAAGAAUAUAUCAAAGUAAAAUCAUUCAGGCAUGUUCCUCGCCAGAAUGCAAAGUGUAUGUGUGUGUUUGUAUGAAUGUGUGUUUGUAUGAUGAGCUGUCACAAAUAUGCAUGGAUACCGUUAUAGGUAUUUUAUCUGUUUUCUCCUGCAGAGACGGCAGAGAGAGGAGGCUGUUCACUGGUUCUUCAACUCUUUUAUUUUCCACAGUACGUCCACUAAUACUUCAUGUGCUCCCAGCCGGCCCCUACACCCCGUCUACAGCAUUUAACAGUAAAAUAACUGAAACAGCUUAGUGUCUAAAUGAACCUUAUGCGUCAUGGCUGUCCUUCACUAAGUACAUGUUACCUGUCUGUUGGACAGAAUCAUUCUAACUCUAACUUUUCUCAUAGUCUGAGUGAUGUUACGUCAGAUGAAGCUCCAGAAGAAGCUAGUAAGUGGGAUUAUUACCGUAAUGGGCUGAUACGGUAAUUACAAAUGCCUUGUGACUGUAAUUUUGACAGGAAGUUCCUUAUUUCUGUAACAAACAGUCCCUGACUUUAGUUCAGUUUUGUGUUAAAAAACUCUCACUCUUGUGGUUUUUAUUCGGUCUUUUCUGGGUCAUGAAGCUUCUUUGUAAGUUUUGUUUAUAUUAAACUGAUGAACUGUACAGGGAAUGAAGCUGAAAGCAGGUUUGACUUUAGUUACUCUUGUAAUUUAUUUGGGUUUGAAUGUUUUUGUGACGCUAAAUGUUGAGGCUUGUGGGUAACGGCUGGGAGCUUUGCUGCACUUUACUGUUUCUACUGCGGGACGCCUUCAUGGGUCGGACCUGAUCUUGCUGUCUCUCUCAUCUUUGUUUCUUCAACUGCGAUAAACAGGAAACCUCUGAAGCAAGUCUGAAUCCGACUGCAGCAAAUGAUCAUUUCCCCUUUGUAUUGUAUAAUGUUCCUUUGACUUAAUAAGUGAAUAGUUUUAUGAACUGUCAGAGAUAAUAUCUUAUUCCAAUCACAAGUUGCUGACGGACAAAAUUGUGUCUUUUUAUUUGUAAAUUUGCUAAAAGUAAGCUGAUUGUAGCAUUUUGAAGCCAUGAAGUCAGUAUUUAUUCUAAUGGAUUUGUUUGAUUGAUCUUUAAUUUCUUUAAUCAGUGACUUAUCAUUUCAGUUUUGGGGGAUGAAGCUGUUUUAAUUUCAUAUUGUGAUUUUUGUGCAGGUGUGAAAAUGCUACACAUGAUACUGAUGCUAAGAUUAGCGUCGAUCCUUACAGCCAUGGUUUAAAUGUUGUUUGGCAAACGGCUCAAAGGUUCAUGAAAAUGGCAGAUGUUGUGUGUCACGGCCUCGGUGGGAGAGUUAAAGAGGAUCCUAACACUAAGUCCACCUUGUGAAGGGAACGUCUUGGAUGACGUUCCGCUGGUUGUGGUCCGUUGGAUCAGCAGUUCCUCCUGCCUUUGUUGUACCUGUGGCCCCUGAAAACGAAGCUGUCUGCUUGUGACCAAAGAGUUUUAUUUACAACAGAAAAAGCUAAUUCUAGAACAUAUUCUUAGGACCCCUUUCAGGCUGGGACCCUCUGCUCUAAACCACAACAAUGUCCAGGUGCUGCACAGAGUCUCUGGAGGAGCUCGAACCAGAUCCAUAACUGAACGCUUUGUGUGAAGGAGGGGAUUUCGUGUUAAGUUGCUCUUAAACUCUCCACCUGUUUGUAUUCAUUUAAAUUUGUAAUUGUGUUUUUCAUCUGAAGCGGUGUUUGUGAAAUGUGACGAAGUCUUACUGAAGGGGGGGAAGUACGACAGCAGCCCUUCAGAUGCUGCAGAGUUAAACAUCUUUUCAUCCAGUGAACUGAGUCUCAGAGAGCGGAGUGAAUGAAGGCAGGAGAAAAGAGCAUUAAAGCACAGAGGUGUAUAUUCCAUUCCACUAAUAAAGAACAGA